CACUCGACGAUGCUACCGGGAGGGGCGAUCAAUGGCAUGGAGCUGGUUCCGGGCUGUCCGUUUGGCAAACAAGAAUCGCUGGUCCAGGCCAGGAGCACCGCCGUGCCGUCGCGAUCCUCUCUCGCAAUUUCUCUCCCGGCCCGAUCACUGACAUCUCUUCUGUUGCUCACCCUUCUCUCUCUCUCUUUCCUCUCCUGCCCUUGAGACCCCGUUGUCGAAAGGGGCAGGCAGGCCGCGCACGACUCACUGAGAGCGCAAUCUGAGGUCCAAUCAUUCCAGCGCCGCUGCUGCUUUUACGCCGCCCGUCUUUCUCUUUCCUUUUGGACCCUCGCCCGCUUUUCUUUUCCUUUUCUUUUUCCUUCUCUCUCCUUUGGUGAAAUUGCAAUAAUGGCGGGCAGAGUCAAAGUAGAGAGGGGAUCGGUGGGCGACCAGGCGUCCUUCCUCCCGUGCUGGUGCAUGCGCCACUGCUUGACCUGCCCACUGCAUGAUCCCGUCCGGCGAAUCCUUAAGACGAAGAAUGGCGCGGACACAGAGGGCAAAGAGGGACGUGGUGCUACGGUGUGCAAAGGUGCGCGCCGACAACGGCUUCCUCAAGCAGUCGGUCAACGCCGCCGAGUGGAACAGCCUGCUGACAUGGGCGCGAAGGGGCGCAGGACCACAGUGGGACUCUUCGACGGCCAUGUGGCACGUCCGAACAGGCUCAGAGGCCUACUUCGGUAAUGGCGCAGACCCCAAGCAGGCGUCGCGAGUGCACCAUGUCCUCGACGAGAGGUCGAUUGCCCUAUUCACCGCGUCGAUGGUGGCCCAUAACCCGCAUCAUCCACCACCGUCAGGCACUGCCAUGAGCUUUUCUGGUGUUCAGCAGCCCAGGCGCACAUUGGUGCAUGAGCAGCCACAGGAUCAGCACGUCAGCGUCCGUCUCUACGAGCAGGAGCAGGAGCUGCAGCAACAGCAGCAGCAACAGCACAUGUUGCACCUCCAGCAGCAGCAGCAGCAGCAGCAGCAACAGCAAUACGAACACCAGCAGCAUCAGCUCCGAUUGCUGCAUCAUCAACAGCAGCAGCAGCAUCAUUAUCAGCAGCAGUCACAGCGUCCACAGCAGCAGCUCCAGCUUCAGCAGCAAGCAAUCAACGUCGAGCAGAGAGAGAUUUACGGAUACGCUCACGGUGUGCCGCUGUAUCGAGAAAGGAGUGUGACGACGCCUCACAGCGGCGGUGUCGGCAACAAAGCUCGUACCUCGAUGAUGACACCUGGACAGUACGCCGAUCAAGCUCAUGGCUUUUACCCAGCUCUCGACCCACCGCAUCAGCCGCAUCAGCACCAGCAGCAGACGGGUCCUGGCUUUGUCUACCUGCAGCAGCCCAGUUCCGGUCUAUCUUCCGCCGAUCUCGAUGCACUGCAAGCUUCGAGGCUGCACCAGCAGUUCUUUGUCCAGCAUCAGCAUCAGCAGAUCGAGGUCGAAGAGCAGCAGCGAACUCUUCAUUUUCAUCAGCCGAACAUGGCAUACAGCUCGCAGAUCCUCCAGCUGCCAUCGGUAUCACCCACAGACACAUCAUCGCUGAAUCUUUUCGAAGCGCCCUUUCCGACUUCUGCCUCGUUGCCGCCACCAAUACAGCAGCCACUACCACCACCACCUCCGCCACCUGCUUCCACCUCUGCUGCGGCAGCAACUCUGCUUUCUCAACAGCAGCAGCAGCAGCAGCAGCAGCAGCAGGAAGCACCCGCCCAAGGAAAAAGGCGAUACCCUGUUUCUGCCUUUCAUCGACAAGGUCGUCCGAUGCACCAGGUGGAGCAGCAUGUAUACCCACAACAGCAACAGCCGUCGCCAUCGCAGCAGCAGCAGCCAGAGAAGUACGACGGCUUCCUUCGCCAACUGCCCCGAGCUCGCCUCAGCCGGAAACCGCUGAUUCACCACCCGGCAGACGAAGGAGCCUCUGAGCGACAAAAGCAGCAAUCACCGCCCCAGCAGCCGCAGUCACAGCCGCAGCGCAAACGGCCACGCUCCAAGGCAGGCCAGCAGCAGCAGCAGCAGCAGUCACCCUUGCUCCCAGCCCUGGCUUCCUCCUCGCCUAUAGCGCAAGCAGCGCGAGAAGGCUCGCUGGCGCACUUAGAAGACAACCAGGGUGGCGCAGCAGUGGGCGCUUCGCAGCAUCACCACCAGCAUGACCACUUCGAACAUCGUCUGUCACCGCACCAGCCGCUCGAUGCGUCCCUGCUCCCAGAACCAUCUUCGCCGCUGAGUCGAGGCGAGCAGCAGCAACAAGAGCUGCCUGUCAUCUGGACGCAGCAGGCCAUGGUGUCCACGGGAGACGCGACUGAAGAAGGUGCUGGACACGCUGAAGAGAGAAGCGCACCACUCUUGGGAGCAACACGACGGGAACAAGCACCAGCGGUCCCUACGACAGAGAAAGGCAAAGAAGCGAGUGGAAAUCAAGACCUGCCAUUCCCACCACUGGACGACGAUGAGGAGGAGAACGAGGAGAAGAAAGAGAACUUGGAUGUGUGGGGAACUUGGUGAUACCGAAACUGGGGAAAAGGGUGUGGAUUGGGGGAGAGUGGUGUGAAGUGGCUCAACACUGGGGACGUGGAAGAUUUUCCACAUACGAGAUGGCUCUGCCAUCGUUCAUUUCUGUACCUAGAGGGU